AUGAUGGCGACAAAAUUUGAAAGCCAAUUAUCUCUGUCAAGGCCAUACCUAACAAGACUAGAACUUCAAGAAGCACAGAAUAAUACUGUCUCAGAUGUGCGUACGUAUUUGCAAAGGAAAAAUGUGAUCUUUGGCUUUCUAAGUGAACUAUGUGUCCAUUUCCAGUUCCCUAGGAAAACGUUAGAGACAGCGAUGUACUACUAUCAAAGAUACUAUAUAUUUAAUAAGUUUGAGAGUGAACUAUGUCAUACAGUGGCCACUAGUUGUCUAUUACUGAGUUGCAAACAAGUAGAAACGUUCAAGAAGGCAAAUGAACUAUGUAUCAUGUCCUUUAAGUUAAGAAAUAUGAAUAAUUAUAAACAGGAUGCAAUCGAAAGCUUUAAGAAGAGGUUAUUUCAAAUUGAGUUAAGCAUUUUGGAGACAUGUGGGUUUGAUUAUAGAAUUAAUAGCCGUGUGCAUAUUGAUGAAUAUAUUGUAAAACUAGGAAAAGCUUUAAAAUUAAAUCAUGACAUAUGCUAUUUGGCAUGGAUAAUAGCUUACGAUGCUAUUAGAUUAAAUAUUUUACUCAUAGUACCUCAACAUGCAAUUGCAUUAGGUAUACUAAAAAUAACAUGUGAGUUACUGGGUAAAAAUGACAUGAAAAAUAUGAAUAACUUUAAUGAAUUCAAAACAGAAAUUGAUUCAGUGAAUGAAGCAUAUUUUGCCAUUGUAAAUUAUUAUAUUAAUGCAUUUGAUAAUUGUAGUUUGAAAGACAAUUUACCAACACACAUUCUGCCGUCAGUUAACUUGGAUAGUUUUAUAGAAUUGAAGAAAAAUGCUGGAAACGAUAGGGGAUUGAAAGAACUAGGAGAACAAAUAAGGAAAUCUGACAAAUAUCUGACAACAGCUAGAGAUUUCACUCAAAUAGAAAGAAGGUAUGUCUUAUUACCUCAGUUUAUCUCUGAUGAAAAAACUGCAUUAGGUGAGAAGCGAUUUAAACUUUGA